CGUUAGAUCAUGUAGUCCGAGUCCACCCAUCGCAUCUUUGUUUCCUUGUUCCUGUUCUUCACUCUUGGCACCUAUACCAGCGUCUCGCCGUCUCCAAUCUCCAAAAAACAAUUUAUCAUGGGCUUGAUUUUUUCGCAAUUUUGAUUUUGAUUUCCACACACACCCGAUGUCUCAUUGGGGUGGAGUGACAUGCUGUUUGAGUGCAGCUGCCCUUUAUCUGCUUGGGAGAAGCACUGGAAGGGAUGCAGAGGCUUUGAAAUCCGCUUCUAGGGUCAAUCAUUUGAAGGAUUUGGCGCAAUUGUUUGAUACCGCUUCAAAGGUAUUGCCUUUGGUUGUCACAAUCUCUGGAAGAGUUGGUUCAGAUACACCAAUCAGCUGCAAGAGUGGCUUACGUGGAGUAGUUGUCGAAGAAACAGCUGAGCGGCAGUUUCUGAAACACAAUGAUGCUGGCUCAUGGAUACAGGAUUCUGCCUUAAUGCUUUCAACAUGUAACGAAGUUCCAUGGUAUUUGGAUGAUGGCACGGGUCGGGCUUUUAUAGUUGGGGCCCAAGGGGCCAAAGGUUUGGUAUUGACUGUUGCCAGUGAAGUGUUUGAAGAAGCAGGGCGAUCAAUUGGACGGGGGAUGUUUGAUUAUCUUCAAGGUCUUAAGAUGCUUGGAGUGAGGAGAGUUGAACGGGUCCUUCCAGUUGGCACACCCUUGACAGUUGUUGGCGAGGCGGUUAAGGAUGAUAUAGGGACAAUUCGGAUCCAACGGCCCAGUAAAGGCCCAUUUUAUGUUUCUCAUAAAACAAUUGACCAGCUCGUGAAUAAUCUUGGGAGAUGGGCAAGGUGGUACAAGUGUGCUUCGAUGGGAUUUACGGCCUUUGGUGUUUUCCUUCUUGUAAAACACGCUUUCCAGUACAUUAUGGAAAGAAGACGCCGUUCAGAAAUGCGCAAGAGGGUUCUUGCUGCUGUAGCUAAGAAAUCUGGAAAAGAGAAUGAAGAGGAAAAUGGAUCUGACAGUAGAAAAGAUGGGAUGACGCCGGAUUUAUGCGUGAUUUGUUUGGCACAGGAAUACAACGCAGUUUUUCUUGAUUGUGGGCAUAUGUGCUGUUGCUUGGGAUGCUCUUCACACUUGUCACAGUGCCCUCUCUGCCGCAGACGGAUUGAAAAGGUCGUCCGCGCCUUCCGCCACUAAACACUGCACCAUUUUAGUUUUCUUUUCCAGUGUUUGCUCUAAGUUUCGCAUCUGAGGGUAACAAGAAAAUGCAGUGGUGCGACAAAGACGUGAGGGCCAAACGGUACUUUUUCAUUAACCUAUCUUGGUGCUGAAAGUCAUGAGCUGUAAAUAGCAUUAGCCUGUGCCAUGCAUGGUUCAGACACUCAAUGUGAUUUUUGAAUCAAUUUGAACUCAGUUGAAUCCUUUCUUUGGCUCUUAUUAACAACAUUUUCCUAUGUUUUACACAUUGCUUUCAAGUGUUAUUGAUAUUGAAACCAGUCAUUCAAAUGGAGACUACUCAUAUAUGAG